AUGCACUUGAAAGUUUUUCUGGUUAUACUUUCAAUUUUAAGCAUCGUUAGUGUCGAUUCAACUCUUUUUGUAAAACUAAAUUCAUCAUAUAUAAGCUAUUCGAUUGAUUAUCUGAAUUCUAAUGGGAAAGUUGCUCCUUUUAUCAAGAAGACAACAUUUGAUUUGUGUAAUUAUUUCAAAAAUCAAAACGGAAACAAAUUGCUGAACUGGUUUUAUAAGAAAAAUAUUUCCGGCGAGAGAAAUCUUCCAACUUCUUGUCCAAUCGAGCCACAAACUAUUUUCUUAAAGGAUUUUGCGAUAGUUGAAGUUGAACUCAGCACGAAGAUAAAUGAAAAAAUGGCAACUUUUGUUAAAAUUAAACUUCAAUUAGAAAACAAGAUUCGUGAGAAAUGGGAAAAGGAAAUCAAAACGCAAAACAAAAUAAUUUAUUUUGGUAAUUAA